AGGAAGAUGCCUUGGGCCCCCCAGGCAGGCCCCGAGCUGAGGACGGAGAGCCCGGAGGACAAAUCCCCCCAUGGGACCCUGGUGGGAGAGGCCGUUUUGAAGGGCUCCACCGUGCAGGAAGGCAGUGGGGAGGAAAAGGGCCGGAGAUCCCCCCGCAGGAGGGGCUCCAAAGCCAGCCCAGGGUGCUCUGAGGAGGAAAGACCCAGACUGUGCCAGGAAGGCGGCCGGAGCUUGAGGCAGAGCUCUGAGCUGGUGGUCCCUGAGCAGCCUCCCAGCAGGGAGAAGCCCUUCAGGUGCUUGGAAUGUGGGAAGAGCUUCAGGAAGAGCACCUACCUGAUCCGACACCAGCACAUCCACACUGGGGAACGGCCUUACUCAUGUGGGGAAUGUGGGAAGAGCUUCAGCCAGAGCUCCAGCCUGAUCCAACACCAGCACAUCCACAGUGGGAAACGGCCCUAUUCAUGUGGGGAAUGUGGGAAGAGCUUCAGGCACAGCUCCAGCCUGAUCAAACACCAGCGCAUCCACACUGGGGAACGGCCCUAUUCGUGUGGGGAAUGUGGGAAGAGCUUCUUUGACAGCUCCAGCCUCCGCAAACACCAGCGCAUUCACACUGGUGAACAGCCCUACACGUGUGGGGAAUGUGGGAAGAGCUUCAGGUUUCAGACCAGCUCAGAUCUUCUCAGGCAUGAGCAGACGCACACGGAUGAGAGGCCCUUCCGCUGCACCGACUGCGGGAAGGGCUUCAAGCGGAACUCCACCCUCAUCACCCACCGGCACAUCCACACCGGGGAGAGGCCCUACAAGUGUGGGGAGUGUGGGAAGAGCUUCUCUGACAGGUCUAACUUGACCAGACACCAACAGACCCACCG